AUGAACAUAGCAGCUUCAAAUCAACCAAGAAGUCUGCAGUCCCUGCUCCGAUACCUGAGGGCAAGGCAGCCAUUUCGAUCGCCUGGACCGAGGAAUAGGGUGAGUAAUUUUCCAAUCCGAUCGUCCUCUUUUGGGGCUAAAUCCACCAACGCGGUUAUCAGUUCUGCAAAGGUUGGUUUGUUGGAGAGAUCAGGUUCCAGAAACACCAAAGGGGGAGGAGGGAAGCUACAGAUUCAACCAGUUCAGAGUUUGAGAAGUAGUAGUAAUGUAAAGAAAAGCUUGAAGAGAGAAUCUAGCAAUGCUGCAUCAGCGGAAAUGGUUCACAAGACCAAGAAUUCUGUCGAACAUGUUGAUCCGAGUCCUUCGUUCGUUCUCGGCAUGAACGACGAGGAGUUGAAGAAGAUCGAGUACGAACUCGACCCUUAUCUUCCUGAUCCAAUGCCAGAAUUCAGCAAAGAACUUAGAACUGAUCACGUGGAAAAGAAUGCAAUUUUGGAUAAAGAAGAAACUCCACAGGCAGCUGCCGCCAAAUCAUUAGAACAAAAUGAAGGGGAAACAGAGGAAGGAGCCAGAAAAGAGGAGAACCCAGAGAGAAUUGGAGUAGAAGAAGAGGAAGUUGUUGCUGAUGCCGUUGAGGAAGAGAAGACCGAGACAGAUCCCGAUCACGAUAUCGAUCCCGAUCAAGUAGGUGGGGAAGGAGGCAUUGUUUUAGAUAAGGAGGGUGGAGCGGGUGGGGCAAAACCACGACAAGGAGGAGCGGGGAGAGCUUCGGCGGUGUACAAUGAUGUGAUAGAGGAGACAGCAAGUAAGCUGUUGGAGAAGAGGAAGAACAAGGUAAGAGCAUUGGCUGGGGCAUUUCAAACAGUCAUUGACUAUGAAUCUUCAUCCAAAUGA